AUGGCUGCUCUUGGUGAGGAUUUGCUUGGGAUAGUUAACAAGCUGCAAGACCUUGUCUUCAAUACUAUCGGCAAUGAUAGCUUGGAUCUGCCACAGAUUGUAGUCGUUGGCUCCCAAUCGUCCGGAAAAUCCUCUGUACUCGAGAAUAUUGUCGGUCGAGAUUUCCUUCCCCGUGGCAGUGGAAUCGUUACCCGCAGGCCUCUUAUUCUGCAACUCAUCAAUGUACCAUCAGAGGAAGGAGAUGCAUUCGAAGCGCAUUCAGCAGCGAGUGUAGCUUCACAACCAGAAUGGGCCGAGUUUCAUCACAUCCCCAAUCGGAGAUUUACAGAAUUUCAAGAUGUGAAGAGGGAAAUCGAGAAUGAAACGGCGAGAAUAGCAGGAAACAAUAAGGGAAUCAACAGAUCACCCAUCAACCUCAAGAUUUACUCGCCGCACGUUUUGAGCUUGACAUUGGUAGAUCUACCAGGUCUAACGAAGGUUCCUAUCGGAGAUCAACCCACAGAUAUCGAAAAGCAGACCCGAAAUCUGAUAUCAGAAUACAUUGCGAAGCCAAACAGUAUCAUCUUGGCUGUAUCCCCGGCAAACGUCGAUAUUGUGAACUCGGAGGCACUAAAACUUGCCAGACAUGUAGAUCCUCUCGGCCGAAGAACUAUUGGAGUGCUCACGAAGAUAGACCUUAUGGACCAUGGUACAAAUGCUAUGGACAUUCUGUCCGGUAGAGUCUACCCCCUUAAGCUGGGAUUCAUCGGUGUCGUCAAUCGGUCUCAACAAGAUAUCCAAGGCAACAAAUCCCUCUCCGAGGCAUUGAAGUCAGAAGCGGACUUUUUCAAACACCACCCUGCAUAUAGAAAUAUGGCAACCCGAUGCGGAACCCAAUUCCUGGCGAAGAGUCUUAACACUACUUUGAUGGCACAUAUCCGAGAAAGAUUACCUGAUAUUAAGGCUCGGUUGAAUACUCUCAUGGGACAAACGCAACAAGAGCUUGCUAGUUAUGGAGAUAUGCACUUCAGCGGCAAGGAGCAUAAAGGAGCAUUGAUUUUGCAAUUGAUGACCAGAUUCGCAUCUUCUUUUAUCGCAUCCAUCGAUGGUACCUCGACCGAAAUCUCGACCAAGGAGUUAUGUGGAGGAGCCAGAAUUUACUAUAUCUUCAACUCUGUAUUUGGAAAUUCAUUAGAGACUAUAGAUCCAACCACAAAUUUGUCCGCGUUAGAUAUUCGAACAGCCAUCCGAAACUCGACCGGUCCACGACCCAGUCUAUUUGUACCCGAGCUCGCAUUCGAUCUUUUGGUCAAGCCACAGAUCAAGUUGCUGGAAGUUCCCAGUCAAAGAUGCGUGGAACUCGUCUACGAAGAACUCAUCAAGAUAUGCCACACAUGUGGCUCAACUGAACUCACGAGAUUUCCUAGACUCCAGACUAAACUUAUCGAGGUUGUUUCUGACCUGUUGCGAGAGCGCCUUGGCCCGGCAUCCCAAUAUGUGGAAUCUCUUAUCUCCAUUCAAAGGGCUUAUAUCAACACAAACCAUCCAAAUUUCUUGGGCGCAGCUGCCGCCAUGAGUAAUGUCGUCUCCAACAAACAAGACAAGGAGAGAAAGAAACUGAUGCAAGAAGAAAAGGAAAGAAAAGAGCACAGGCGCCGAAAAGAACUCGAAGCUGUGAAUGGAGGUGAAACGCCAGAAGAAGGAGAAGAUGCUGUUCCGGAGAAGCUUGAAAACUUACCACAUCGAAAACACCUUCAGAAAAAUUCUCGAAGCAUGUCGCCUGCAAUCCGCGAAAACGGUACAAGCGCCAUGGUGUCAUCAGUGAACGGGCUGCGUGGAGGAUCACCUCCUAGGUUUAACGGUCAAGCGGCUGGUGGUGCCCGCGAUUCGUUCUUGAAUUACUUCUUUAGCAAAGAGGGCGGUUUACCAGGUGGACCAGGCGUCUCACAGUCAAGUUCAUCUGCACAAAUGAUGGGAAAUCCCAACCUUAGCAGACACGUGAGCCAAAGCGCAGAACCAAGUAUCUCGCAAAGUAUCAGGCGGCAGGAAGAACGCCCUGUACAGAGAACACCGGCCCAACAAGCUCGUGAAGACGACUACGAACUUGGCCGCGCACAGAGAGAUUAUAAUUAUGAUUCCCCAUUCGGCAACAACGCCGAACCGGCACUUACAGACCGUGAAGCCAUGGAAACCGAACUCAUCCGCGCCCUCAUAUCCUCAUACUUCAACAUCGUCCGUGAAUCAAUAGCGGAUCAAGUCCCCAAAGCGGUCAUGCAUUUAUUAGUCAACCACUCCAAAGACGUAGUUCAAAACCGUCUGGUCAGCGACUUGUACCGUGAAGAUUUAUUCGGCGAACUGCUUUACGAAGAUGACGCUAUAAAGAAGGAGAGAGAAAAGUGCGAGAAGUUGUUGAGGACAUACAAGGAAGCUGCGAAGAUUGUGGGAGAGGUUGGGAUUUAA